AUGGCUGGCUCUUCAUCCCCGGCUGGAAAGCCUGAAAAGACCAUGUCGUCGAAUCUAUUGACGAUGAAGUUCAUGCGCCGUGCUGCAGCUGCCAAAGAGAGCUCGCCUGCAGAGUCCGUUCCUCACACUCCUAAACGCGCCCGCCUCUCGACCGAGGCUGAAAGCCCCCGCACCUCCGAUAUGGAUGCGAUCACAGCUGCGCUUGCAGCCGAAGAGCAAAAGCGACAGGAAGCUGUAUCGAGGGCGGCCGAAGAAGCGGGUGAGACACAUUGGGUGUUGAAUUUUCCUGAUGCACCACAAUACAACCCGCAGCCUCUCGUAUUGGCGGCAGAUUCGCUGGACGCAGAUGAUAACGCCUACUCUGGGGGGCGGCAGGCAUUCGGCAAUUUCAAACGCAAAGAGCGCCAGCCGCAAGCUGGCCUGAGCAAGGAGGAAAAUGACCAUCGCAACGAAGAUGACGAUGAAAUCGUGAACCAACACAAAUUCGAUCCCCAGGGCGACAAAUUCCAAAAUUUCAGAGCCAGGGAAGAAAAGCGAAAGCAACCAAAGCUAUCUCAACUGACCAGUAUCUCUGGAAGCGGCGGCCGAGGGGGACCGAUGAUGGGAGGCCCAUCAUCUGAUAAGAAGAAGAAGCGCAAGAGCCGUUGA